AGCGCUUCCCCGGGCGCAGAGAGGAGAGGCGCCCGGCGGCGGAGGAGGUCACCAUGCGCCCGGUGGCUGCGGCGGCGGCGGAGGCAGUCCUUCCAUCUCCCCUUUUCGGCUGCGUCUCUCCAGGCGUUUAAGAAGAAGAACCGGAGGAAGAGGAGGCGCCGAGGCUGCAGGUGACGCCAAAGGAUUCCCUUCGAGACCAAAACGUCUAUGAAAAUCAGAACACUCGUCCAUGCUACAUGAUGUCACAGAAGAAGAAACCAGCCAAAGCAUCGGCUGGUGGGCACAGCCAGUUUCCAGUUGCUCUGGGUUACAAGAUGGAGCAGGCUUUAGUUUCAGAAUAUGUCCCCGUUGUCCUACACCCUGGGGGAUACAAACCUGAGUCUCUCAACUUUACUUUCUACAACCCCAACUAUACCAAUUCAUACAAUCCAUUUUACACCUUACAGAAACCAACCUGUGGUUAUCGAUAUUGCCGAGACACAGACCACAGAAGGAAGGUAUUAGAUGUGGAAAGGGUGAAUCUCCCAAAGUGGAGAACCAUCGUGGUGAAAAAGCCCGGUGUGUCUUCUGCAGGCUCAAAACAUUGAAACUAUCACACAA